AUAAGUCAGUUCAGAAUAUUCCCGUAACAAACGCCUUCUGUUAUUUUCAUUACAAUGGAGUUCUUCAUUUCUUCAUCUUCUUCGUUAAGCUCUUGAAGUUUUCUGCUCAAUUCUUCAAUUUGAGCUUAAAUCAACAUGGUAUCAGAGCUGGUGAAGACUCGAAUCUAGUUCUCUUUCUCCGAUCUCCUUGUUUCCAGGUUUAUUUCUCAAUUUUUUUCCUAAUUGAAUCAAGGAUCCUUCAUGGCGUCACGGAAUACAGAUAAUUCUGAACUUGAGGAACGUUUUGGACAAUCCAAUGGCGUAAGGCUGUACCAAUUACAGAAAGAGGUUUGCUCAAUUACACAAGGAAACUCUGAUGUUGCUGCAUAUUUUACUAAACUGAAGACUGCUUGGGAUGAACUGAAUAUUGUGUGUAAUCUUCCAAAGUGUACCUGUGGUGCUGUGCAAGCCUUACUCAAAUAUGAACAGGAUCAGAGACUAAUUCAAUUUCUUAUGGGUUUGAAUUCAGACUAUAAUGUCCUUAGAGGAAAUAUACUAGUCAUGAGACCUCUGCCAACUGUCAGCGAAGCAUAUGGCUUAGUUAUUCAUGAGGAAAAGCAGAAGGAAAUACAAUCCUCCUCACCUUUCAUGGCAGAACAUGCAUCCUUAAAUGCUAACAAUCAAUCCACCUUCAAACCAACACACACUGCAGGGGAUUACAAAGGCAAGCUUGACAACAAGAAACAAAUAUACUGUGAACAUUGCAAGAAACCAGGUCACUCAGCCAAUAAAUGUUACAGGCUUGUUGGUUAUCCAAAGGAUUUCAAGUUUACCAAAGGGAAGAAAGUGGCAGCUCAAGCAUUCAGUGGAGAGGAGUCAAUGAUGACUGAAGAACAUUCCCGUGGUCAGGAUAAUGUUGCUUUGUAUAACCAAUUCAUGCAAUUCCUGAGCACAAUGAGAGCUGGUGAUCAACCUUAUAAAUCUAAUGGGGAUUCUAAGGCCACUACCUUUUCUGCACAUAUGGCAGUUAUGCAGUCAGUUGGGUGUUACUGCAAGCUUUACCCAAGGUCUGUGCAUUCUGCAGGGCCAUUCAAUGAAGAAGCCACUGGUUCUUGUGCUCUAACCACUGAUAGUCAACAAUUUUUGCAUAGUGUUUCACAAAUGCAGGAGCCUAGAUCUUAUGAGGAAGCUAAAGGAAUACCUGCUUGGGAGGAAGCUAUGCAAAAGGAGCUUCAAGCUCUCCAUGACACAGGAACUUGGGCUGAAAAGUCUAAAGCUCCUAUAACUGUGGUGGAUGUUUUCAAGCACACCAAGACGAAGAAACAUGAUGGUAAAACAUGGAUAGAUCCCAAAAAUGCACAACUUGAGACUGAUUUCAUACGAUUGAAACAAAUGGCUGAGGAGUCGGGCCUUAAAGCUAAAAAGUCUGAAGCUCCAAUAACAGUGGUGGAUGCUUUCAAGCACACCAAGACGAAGAAACAUGAUGACGGAUUUCUUACGAUUGAAACAAAUGGCUGAGGAGUCAGGCCUUAAAAGUCACAGAUCAAGAGAUUUGGUUCGAACUAGUUGGUGGCUUUGAUCAAAAGAAUAUGAUUAAGGGAGUCAGAAAAAAUUGGAUUGUUAAAUAAUACUUGUAUUUCAUUAUAAUGUUAAAUAAUAUGCCCCAUAAAAAUCAAUUCAUUUUAAAAAUCCACGUUGUAGAAUCGAAAAAAAUUUGUCUGAACCCG